AUGUCUUUCGCCGGCGUGUCUCUCGUCCGCGACGGGAGGCUGCAGUCGCCUUCGUCGUCAGCCAUCACCUCCGGCGCCACCAGCGGGUACUACCUCCUCGUGGUCGAAGGCUACUCGCGAACCAAGGACACCGUCCCCAAUGGCGACUUCAUCAGGUCUCGUCCUUUCAGGGUUGGAGGCUAUCGCUGGGUUAUCGACUACUACCCCAAUGGCGAAAGUUCGGAUGAUGCCGAUUCCAUCUCAGUUUCUCUUCAAAGGGAGGAGCUAGAAAAAUCCAAGCAUCUCAAGGAUGAUUGUUUCACCAUCAGGUGUGACAUCAUCCUGAAGAAGGACGGCAGCAACACCACCGGCGACGACGUGGCGGCGCCGCUCGUCGCGGUGCCACCGUCCGACAUGCACCGGCAGUUCACCGAUCUGCUCCUGACCAAGGUCGGCGCCGAUGUGACGUUCCAGGUCGGCGGCGAGACGUUCGCCGCGCACCGGUGCGUGCUCGCGGCGCGGUCCACCGUCUUCAUGGUGGAGCUCUUUGGCCCCAUGAAGGAGGGCGCAACGACAGCAAGCGUACAUAUCAGCGAAAUGGUGCCCGAAGCAUUCAAGGCCAUGCUUGCAUUCAUCUACAACGACACCCCGCCGCCGGAGACGGAGGAAGACGAAGACGGCAAGGUCGCCAUGUGGCAGCACCUGCUCGUCGCGGCGGACAGGUACGAUCUCCCGAGGCUGAAGCUGAUAUGCGAGGAGAAGCUGUGCGGCCACAUCGGCGUCGGCACGGCGACCACCAUCCUCUUGCUGGCCGACAAGCACCAUUGCCGCGGGCUGAAGGAGGCGUGCCUGGAGUUCCUCAGCUCUCCUGCGAACCUGGAAGAAGUAAUGGAGCAUGGCGGAUUGGAGGACGUCGUGGGAACAUGCCCGUCAGUUCUCGUGGAGCUCAUUGCGAAGCUUGCUCUGCUCAGGACUCAGGUUUGA